GGUUGGUGUAGGACCCAGCGGAAGUGCGGAGGGUGAGGGAGCGCGCGCGCAGACUCCUCCUUGUCUCCGGUGUCAAACUUGACAUCAGCGCUCGCGCCGAGAAUGGUAACUGGUUCAGCGGCGCAGAGCUCACUCACGUCGGUGGCAUGCUUCAUGGAGUUAUGUACCUUUCCUUGCCCGCUCAACUGCCGUCAUGGGUUGCACGCGCUUCCUAACCCUUCUGCUCCUUCUCUUCAUGCUCGUUUCCUGUGCCGAAUUCAUCGUUUAUCCGUCCAAUGAAGUUAACCUGUUGGAUUCCAAAGCAAGCCAAGGGGAGCUGGGAUGGAUAUCAUAUCCACCACAUGGGUGGGAAGAGAUCAGUGGUGUGGAUGAGCACUACACACCGAUUCGGACCUUCCAGGUGUGCAAUGUGAUGGAGUACAGCCAGAACAACUGGCUGAGAACCAACUGGAUCCCUCGAAGUUCUGCUCAGAAGAUAUAUGUGGAGCUCAAGUUCACUCUGAGAGACUGCAACAGCAUCCCACUGGUGCUGGGAACCUGCAAAGAAACCUUCAACUUGCACUACCUGGAGACAGACGAGGACCAGGGCAGUAAGUUCCGUGAACACCAGUUCUCGAAAAUAGACACCAUUGCAGCCGAUGAAAGCUUUACUCAGAUGGACCUGGGGGAUCGUAUUCUUAAACUCAACACUGAAGUGCGAGAAGUUGGUCCAGUCACUAAGAAAGGUUUUUACCUGGCCUUCCAGGAUGUGGGGGCUUGCGUGGCCCUGGUGUCAGUGAGGGUGUACUUUAAGAAAUGCCCUUUCACAGUGCGGAACCUGGCCAGUUUUCCUGACACAGUACCCAUGGACACUCAGUCAUUAGUGGAGGUGAGGGGCUCCUGCGUCAACAACUCCAAGGAAGAGGACCCUCCCAAAAUGUACUGUAGCACUGAGGGAGAAUGGCUGGUACCCAUUGGGAAAUGUUUGUGUAACAUUGGUUAUGAGGAUCGGGGAGUCACCUGCCAAGAGAUACAUACCGACACACCUCUGAUCUGUAAGCCAUAGUGGGUGUGUGUUGGGACUGAGAAGUAUGAGCACUCAGUCCAACGGGGAAGAGGAUAGAUUUGUGGUGUAGGCGCCCACAAAGAGCAGCUUGAAGCAGUUAAGAUUGUGAAACACUCUUCGGUAUCACCUCAUCAGGAGACAGAAUAGAUGUGUGCUUGGAAUCCAAGACUUUGUGGUGAAAGGUGUGUGUGUGUGUGUGUGUGUGUGUGUGUGUGUGUGUGUGUAUCAAAGUGUUCUUAGAGGAUCCUGUGAGUUACUCUAUUCUCCCCUGCUUGUUUUAUAAAUGUAAUAUAGAAGAUAUAAAGGAAAAUGAUUUACAUAGCUCUACUCCUUGAAAGAUUUAUUAUAGAUGUAUGGACAGUGUGCACUUUUGCCAGAUUCAGAAGGUUAAAUGAGCAAGAACGUCAAUGUUAGGAUGGAAGUUCGUUACAGGGAGAGCUGGCUCAGAGUAAAUAUACUGAACCAUGUAUUUCGGCUGGCGUGUAUAAUUGUGAGAGGAGCUGUGGUUGAGAGAGUUGAUAAUAAAUUGGUUGGCAGCUGGCAUGUAGAGAUUCACUCCUGUCUGUGGUAUUAUUUGAGUUAAGCCAGCUCCCAAGAGAAAUCACUACAGCUCAUAAAGUGCUCUGUAUCCCUCUCCUCCUCUCCAACUGGGCCUCAAGAUGUUUUUCAGUUCUGGAAUUCUGUGUGAUACUUUUCGAUGUUCAUGGAUGCGUGAGAAUUGAUUGAGAGCCAUUGAAGUUGAAGAUGUGUGGGCCCGAUUGAUGAUGAUGUUAUGUGCUGAACUGUGUAUGCUGAGAAACUGCUGAAGGUGCUAUGAGCAUUUAUUGAAAAAUAGGUAUAUUUGAUAUUAAGUUCUUUGUAUGAAAACAUGAAAUGAUUUUUGGCUAACAUUGCACAUAUUCAGUUUUUGAAAAAGGAGUACUUGGAUGCUUUAGAUUUGUGUUUUUGAUUAGUGCAAUAUUUAAGUUUUACUGUUAUUAGUCAUGCAAUUAUUAAAGAGCAUUGGUCAUAAAAUGUCCAUAAACUGAGAUUUAAUACCUGGCAUUUUAAAUAGAACUGUUAGUUAUGUACUUGCAUUCAAGGGCAAAACAUUGCAUACUUUUGAACAAAAUGAAAAAGACAGUGAAAUUUAAUUUGCAACAUUUUGUUAGGUAGCAGGUUUCACAAUAAAAUGGUCAAAUAUUGCAUGGUAACAUAUUCACAGUGAACAAAAAAAUAUAUCUGUUAAUUCUGAUUGUGAUGUAAAUAUUUCCUAAUAACUUUUUAUUUGCCUUCAUAACUGCCUCCAACCUGAGGAGAUUUCGGAUCCUCUGAGUUGUAAUAUUUAGCCCUUAUUCUCCAUGUCAUGUUGUAACUCUGCCAGAUAUUAUACACUGCCUUCUGUAAAUCAGGACUGGAGACUGAGAAGGUUAUGAUAAAACCUUCCUUUUUUGCCUUAUGGUUUGUUGUCUUCCAGGAUACAGCCAUGUUGGAAUCCUAGUUUGAUGUAGAUAAAGUACGUAUCUUCCACUAGACUACUGUAUUUAGUUGUGCUUGUCAGAAAUCGUAACACUAAGAUUUGUACUUUUGAAUGCAAACAUAUUUGUAAAGCAUAACUGUAACAAACAACAACAACACCAAUAAUAAUAAUAAUAAUAAUAAUAAUAAUAAUAAUAAUAAUGUUCUGUGCAAGAUUAAAACAAUACACACAAAAAAAAACAGAGAAAAACAUUUUGGAAAGUGUCUUUGACAUGUUUAGGGGGGAUUGUUUUCUCCCAAUCUAUUAUUCAUCAAAUGCAAAUCAUAGAAAACAUAUGCGAUUUUUUCCCCUUUCUCAUUUUACCCCAUGAAAGGAAUGAGCUGUAGGAGCAGCCAAAAGAACUCUUUCACUGAAACUAAAUACAAAUUCUGAUGUCUGAGGGCUAACCAUACAUUUGAAAUAGUUGUGCAUGGUCAUGCAUUUUUGCUGUCCGGUUUUCUAGCCUGUGGUUUGGCAAGAACUUGACGCAUCUGAAGGUGACUGCUCCAAACAAUUUGUCAAUCCCAACACCGAUUUGUGGCGUGUAAAACCCGGCGCCUGACAAGUGGUUCUUUGUGUUACUUUAAUGUAAGUGAUGAUGACAAUACAAUGAGAGAGACUGAGUGAUGGAGUGAGUGAAUUAAUAAGUGAGUAAGCAAGUGAAUGAAUGAGUGAGUGUGCUUGCUCCAUUUGUUUUUAGAUAAAUCAUAAUUUUUCUGUAGUAUUGUAGGAACUGGAGAUUUGUGCAUUAUCCCCCUGAUUACUCUGUAGCGAAACAGCGAUAAUGCAGCAGUGAUUCCCCUUAGGGCACCAUCCAUUUUUCUAUGUUCUCCUAUUUGUGUGGUGCUUGUGUGAAAGUUUAGAUGUAUUUGACAAUCUCUUAUUAGUUUCGGGGCAGACUAAUGGACACUAAUAAGGGCUUGUAUUACAGGAGUGUGACAGCUGCACCUCCAUACUCAUAAGCACAUUUGUAGGGGAAGGGUGUUACUCAGAGCUCACUCUGCAGGCCUGCUGUGUUAAUGGAUUGAUUACUGUAUGGAGUCCAAGUGUCGCUCUAACACAGAUAUUUUGAGGUAUGCAGAUGCAGAAUUUCAUCAUCUUGAGUGUGGAUCUGACACAUAUAGAGGACACAGCACUGCAGGAGAUCCUUUGUUGAAUAUUUCAUGUACUGUCGUGUUUGAGCAGGUUGGUGUUGUGAGACUCAAUAUAUUUGCACUGACAGGCAAGUUGAGAAUAAUAAUUUACUUUGCUGACAAAUAAAAAAACUUAUUUGUUACAUGCCCCUGGAUAUAUGUGAGACAUUUUACACCAAAGUAGUGCUUACAAUACAAAAUAGUAAAAAUGUUAAUUGUAUCUGCUUUAUUGAGGGUCAAAGCAAUGACAUAGCAUCGUCCAACAGUACCUUUAAAAAAACACGGUCUCCAAGUAUUAAGCACUUUCAAUAUUUGAAAUGGUUUAAGUAUUCUAAUUACUGAUUAUGCAGUACAACUAAUUUUACCCUUUGUUACAUUGAAAGUAAUUGAGUGUGUUAUUGAAGGUUACUUUGAUUGUUCACGUCACUAGAGAAUUAACCUGAAAGAGAUAACAACUAGAUUUUCUUUAAUUCAUUAUCUAGUAUAACAGCAUUAGCAAUACAAUGAUGUGAAAGUUUUAAAAGUCACCUUAUUAUAAAGUUAAAUGUGUUGUUAAUUUGCUUGCAAUACAGCUUCAUUGGCAGUGUAUCAGUACAUUCUGAGCUGACGUGACGUGAAUGUACGGCCUGUUACGAUAAUCAAACAGAGCACUAAAAUCUGUAUUAAAGUCUUAACAAUAAUUUGAUCUUAAAACAGCAAAUAAAAAGACUAUGUGAUCCGGAUGUCUGACUGCUUUCUGAGCUUCCCAUGUUCGCAGCUGCCACAGGGCUCCUUUGAGAGCCGCAGUGGUUUACAUUCCUCCUGGCUUUACCAGGAUAUACAAUCCCUGUGCUCACGAUCCCUGAUUAGUUAUCAGAUCUUAUUAAUGCUGCUCUAGAAAGUGCAAUGGGUAUUUUAACAAGCCCUAAAGCCUUACUGAAUGAAAGACAUUGGGCCAGCGAACUGUGUUUAGUGCACACUGACCCUGUUCUUACAUUUCAACAGUGGGGCAGUCCAUGCACUUUAGGUCUAGGCCUUCAGUGAGGUCUAUGUCACUAAGAAAACAAUAUUGGAUAGAAUGGAUCACAGUGUGGACAUCAUACAUUACACAGCCUUAACACGUAGCGUAAAGCCUUAAAAUAGAAAGAGAAUACUGGACUUUAACAACCACACUAAACAAAGCCAUUAACAAAAAAGAUUUACAGUGACUAUUAGGAAAUCAUAUACAUAUUCAAAGGAGCAAAAACAUUACACCGAGAUCCACGUGGUAUUGUCAUUUUAAAUUAACAAUGAAGCCCUAGGAAAACCCAUAACACUAUAGUAUAGUUGUUUUAAACCAACUUUUUUCAAAUUUUAUGUUUAUGUAUUAAUAUGAAAAAAUUAUAAUGAUAUUUACUGUGGUGCUGAUUUCUAUUCCAAACUGUCUUAAUUUUUUUCAUUAAAAUCUGUCCUCAAAAUGGCAUCACCAGGGGAUUUGUGAGGCAAUCCAGCUGUCCUCCUUCUGCCAUUGCAGCAAGUUGAUAUAUUUCAUUUUUGUUUCAAUGGACACAUAAUAAUAUGUGCAGGUUGUUGGCCUAUUUCACAGCUCACAUCCACAAUAUUAGAUUUAUAUACAUACCUGUACAAUGUGUGCAUAAAAUGUAUGAUUGGCAAAAAUAAUAAUACAUCUGAAUGAAGCACUCACAGCAUACAAAUAUGACUGGCUGGGAGAAUAUGACCACUUUCUGAAAGUCUUAAGCAGUAGACCUCAGACACAAACUUUGACAAAUUAGAGAACAAAUUCUACUUGGAUUAAACCUCCUCCACCAUUUUCUUUUCACUGACAAAAUCUUUACAUGACUGAGAAUAAUCAUGUGAACACAGAAAUCUACUGUAUAUGGUAGUUUAUUUAUUUUUAUGAAAAUUUUUAAGUCAGCAGAGAAUCCAUCGCUGGCCCUGAGAGUCCACAGUGCAUUUCAGGGAGUUUUGAGUGCUCAUCUUAUUUGUGUUCUGUCUCAAGGUCCCCUUUCUGCCUUAAUUUAGUCCCUCUGUUUCACUUCAUGUCUAAAAUGAGGAUUUCUUCUUCUCCCAGUGAUGGGACUGAAUCUUUUUGCACGUCAUUAUAUGUCCAUUCAAGAGAAGCAGUUCUCUUUUAAAUGUCCCUUUGUGUAUAUAUAAAACAGAUGCUUCAUUUGAACAUUUUAAUGGAUUUCCUCCUGAAAGUUUGAGGAUUGGUACAGUAUUAUGCGGAGCCAAGAGGAAUUUAGCUGCUUUGUAAGAGACAUGAUCUUCCUUGAAAUAAAUAAAAGCUUAAAUCAAAUAUAGAUUCAAAACAAACUCCUAUUAAAAUCAAGCCCAUCUCUCUAGAAUAUUUUUUAAUACUGGCCAACCUCUGAAAAAGGCACAGGUGUUGUAAAAUAAAAGUGCUAAACAUGUCCUGCAUUUUCUGUUCUGUAUUUUAAACACUGGAUAUUCUAAAUAACCUGAUGAAGCCAGGCCAGUAUAACCUAUUGUAGCCAUCUGACAUUCUCAUAUAACAUGUAACAGUAGCAAUAGCCACAGUAAAUAAGGCCAGGGGUCCUCUGAGGAGAGUCACAAGACAGAAUGUUUGCUUGAUUAAUCCAUGCAUUGCUGCUAAUGCUCUGUGAGGUAGUUGUAAUGGUAAUGUUCUGCCUUGGCGGCUAACCGUCCUACCUGGAGGAUCAAAGGCUGGGUUUGCAUGCCUAGGCGUCGGUCACAUGCCACAUGUUUUCUAUCACUCUCCACCCUUUCUCUAAACGCUUUCUCCUGUGUUUCCCCUUCAUACAAACUUUCAGGGCUCAUGUACAUUGUCAAGACAUUGCUUCAUGUCACCCCACUACUGAUGGUCCAAAUCAUUGCUCCCAAACAAUGGCAAAGCCAUGGAAUGGCCAAAGUGCUCCCACAUGGAAUGAAAAACUGAGUGUGAACUGUUCUGCUUUUUGGUGUUGUAGUGCUUUCAGUUUUCAUUCAUAUUAAGGACUCUGCUGGGGCCAUUUACAUUAAAGACCAAAUGAGGCUUCUGACUAGGUCUGCUUUUGCUCAAACCUGAGAGAGACUUGAGAAACAAAUAUUCACCUAGCUUAUUAGGAAAUGCACGGUGUAUUGUCACUUCCCAGUAAAAGGAAAUACCAUACAUAUAAAAUGACUAGAAAUAAGCUGCAAUUUAACUUUCCUUGUGUGUUUUUGAUUUACACAUGUUUUGAGUGUUUGAGUGUACAUUUAACUAGAAACUGUAAUAACACAUGUUUAACUGUCAAACAUUGAGUUUUCCUUUGGAUUCACUGACUGGCUUGUUUUCUAUUCAUACUUUGUUGGUUUGUAUGACACAUACUUGCACCCUUUCAGUAAAUUAUCUUAGGAAGUUAAGGCCUCAGACUAGUGUGUGUGUGUGUGUGUGUGUGUGUGUGUGUGUGUGUGUGUGUGUGUGUGUUUUAUGUGGCAUACCAGAAUUGGAAUAAAUAUAGUUGCUGGCUAAGUAAUAAAGCUUCCAACAUUUGUUUAUGGUGUACAUACUUUUGAACAACAGCUCUCAACAUUGCAGCACUGAUCUCCUCCACUGUUGGAACAAGUGGUGAGCAUUUUAUAUAGUAGCUACAACUAUUUACACUGACCCGCUGAACAGCACGGAAAAAGGUUGUUCUAGAAGUUUCCUUGUUUUCAGUUUGUUUACUGAGCUAGUUUAUUAGGAAUGCUGUGUCGGUUUAUUAGCUGUCUUUGCCAGAGGAACACAGAGUUGAUCCAAUCUCCCAUGCCCCUUGAGUGUUGAGUUUGCUGGCAAUUAGCUGGAGUUGGGGAGAAGGUAGUGUUUGUGUGCUGUAGGGAGCAGCAGAGUAGUUCUAGGGUUUACUCACCUCACAAUAACUGCAUUGCCACAUGGGCUCCUUCUGCCCCAGUAAACAGACGCGGAAUAAUCAGGCUUUAACUCAUGGCCUUGGAUGUAAGACAGUUCUUUCUGUCUUUCCUUCGUAUGGUAAUAGUUUGACACCUUUGCAGGACAAACUACUUACUCGUACAUCAGGCCAGAUGCUUUGUUCUUCACAGUGCAGCCAUUGGCAGGUUUGCUUUAGGCCUAUUAUACUGGAAUUAUUCUUCAUAUACCCAGGUCAGGUCCCAGAUGGAAGCUAUUAUUGUACUUCUGACUCACCGCAUUUGGUUUUUCUAUCAAUUUGAAGUUAGGGGACACUCACUCCCUGACUAUUUUUCUAGCUGCUUUUCCACUGACCCUAAAGCAUUUUCCACCAUAAAGACUAAUGUUUGACAUUUUCCAUGGGCAAAUUGAAGUGAGAUUGUUUCAGGAUGGGCUUACACAUGUAACAACUAUGAGGGUUAGAAAUCAAAAAAUGGUCAAGGCAAAAAUAAUUCUUUAAUUCCUUUCAAAAACCAAUUUCAACUGACAACAGCAACCAAUGAAAAUAAUGUGAUAGAAAUUUUGAAUUUAAGUCAAACCAGUGUUAUGGUGCAAAAUGUGAAAUGUUAAUGUUAUUAUUUGAUCUAAGAGUGAGCUAUAUGUGGGCUAAUGUAUUACUACAUUUUUUACACUUCCCACUAAACACCUAAUGAGAUAUUUUACUUUUGAACAUCUCAUAAUUUCACUGUAUAUAAGAAAAACUAAUUAAAUCUGAGAAACCCAUACAGCAGUAAUGCUGUUUCUAUGCAGAGAUUAACUGUGGUGAAGUCUUGUGGGGAAAGGAGCAGUCUAUAACAGCAUGAGUUCACAAACACUGCAUUUUUUAUUGAAGGCACCAUUGACAAAUCCUAACCAAAAGAAUUAAUUAUGGAGAAGAGAAUCCAACAGUGAGUGAGAAGGGUGUAGUGUGUGCCUCUGUGUGGGUCUUACUGUCCCAAGACUCCAUAAGGCAUAAUCUGUUCUUCCCAGCAAAAUUGUUGUUGUUGUUGUUGUUGUUGUUAUGAAUUCACCUUCUGCGGCCCCAGAGUGGGUUUGUUUGAUUUAGUCCAGAGAAUGCUCUGUUUAAAGGUUGAUUUUCACUUCAAAGAUUAUAACCACAAGCUCUGGAAUGUAAAUCCCAUCCUGCAGAUGCAGCCUCUGGGUCAGGCUGUUUAUUUGGGAUGGCCCCUGUUGGUGGAUGGGACAUGGGCUAGAGGGGGGUGUGACUGUGAUCGAUGAGCGUGCUGCUAGUCUGACAGCAGGACAAGGCCAUUCUGACAGCCAGUGUUUCAAGCAUGCUUCAGGCCGAGUCUCCCCCUUCCCGCCUUCCCCUUGCUCACUCAGCACAGGGGGAAGUGGCCCAUUCACCAAGAUAAACACAAUGGCGGUCUCUUUUGGCACUACACAGUGUGUUUUUUUUUUUCUCCAAAAAUCACAUUUCAGUUUUGACAUUAGUGUCAUUAAUCAACUAUUCACUUAAGCUGCUAUGGUGUUCUUUUGUGCUUUGAGGAAUGGCAAAUGAACAUCUGUAAAUUACCCAGUGAAGCUGUUUCUGUGACCUUUCAUUCAGCAAGGUUGUGAAACACACAACCUCAGAUGAAUUGCAAAUCCAAACACUACCAUUCUCUGAAUUCUUACACUAUCAUGGCCCUGGCUUGACAUAUCUCCUAGUGAGUCUAGCAAUGCUAAAACAAUACAAGUCCAAGCUGGUGUGUGUAUGUCAGGCUGUCUACUCAUAGACAAUCCACUGAGUUAUUUGGACUGCCUUCAUUCCCUGGGCCUGUUUUUUAGGACACAUGCUGCCUAAACUAGAGUCUUUCAGAAUUGUACUUUGAAGUCAGUGCUGAGCUUUUUUAGUAUUUUCUCUUAGUACUAGGCAGUAAGAUUGUAAGAUUUCUACUAUGAUUUGGUUUCUACAGCUCAGUAGAAAACAUCUAUUUUUGUCACACUGAACUAUAAACCACAGUGGAGAAGAAAAUGUUAAUGAUGCUGCAUUAUUAUGCUUAUUUUAUCUCCCAAUUCCUAAUGAAGGAAUUUGAAAGGCUGUAUCUACAAUAUAAGAAAAUAGGUACUACUAUUUUUUAAAAAAAUAAUUAUUUUGGUACUAUUAUCUUUCUAACUGCAGCACUUGUAUAGUUCAUAUUAUAUGUAAGUAAUUUCCAUAUAACAAACCGGAUACAAAUGUUUUAUUCUUUUGAAAUGGCAAUAAAGCUGUUAGAAUCAGCUGCCAUCAAACCAUAAAUGAAAUAAAAAGAAUUAUCAUCUGGUUUACAGAUUGUCAAACUAAAAAUCUGUUAAAAAACUGAAAAAGUAAAUGUGCAAAGCUAAUUGACAUAGUUUACCUCUGCAAGUAUUUAUUAAUCCAUGGCCAACAAUGGCUACAAGGCAGGGACAGACCCUUCACACAAACAUUCACACAGUCUUUUACACCUGGGGUAGCCAGUCUUUCUAAAGGUAUAUAUUUGGAACAUCACACAGACAGUAACUUGAGCUCAAAAUCGAACCAGAGACGCUAGAGCUGUGAGUUAGCAAUGCUACCUGCUGUGCCACCAUGAUGACUCCCAACAAGUAAUUGUGUAUAUUUCCUAAAAAAAAAAAAAAAUCUUUGGUGUGUGCAACCAUCUCAGAUGUAUCCAGUGUUGAUAGAAUAUAAGACUGGAAAGUUACAGUGUUUGGAUCUAUUAUCUACCAAAAUCUCUCCAAUCAUUUAAUUUAGGUGUAAUUCUUAUUCAGAACUUGCUCAUAAAAACAUUUCACAUGGUCAUUUUACAAAUUAAUAAAGCAAUAGGGGGAUUUGGGGGGGGGGCUCUAAGCACUGAUUUUUUGGUUGAUUGUUGCCAAUAGUUGAGCAUGUUCACUCUGAAUUACCCUGUAUCACACACUUGCGGGCUAGGCUAUAUUACUGCCACAGGUACAUAAAAAUGCAACUUUUGCACCAUGUAGGAAAGACAUUGUCCUUUGUUUCUGUAUGCUUUCAUAGGGUAUAUUUUGAGCCUAAAAUACUUCUGCAUUUUUUUCAUUCUAUUUCUCAAAUGAAGUGAAGUUGUUAUGCACAUCUGCACCUCAUUACUAUUAAAGUGGAUCAAGUGGUAUCACAAGUUUUUUUUUUUUAAAUCAUAUAUAAAAGCAAUUUCAAAUGUGUUCAAAUUUGGUAGGAUUGAUUAAAUGAAGUGUAAAGUAUACAUCCAUCAUUUUCCAGUUGUUCACUGUUUACUCCAUUGCAUAACAUUUUUAGAGGUUUUUUUUCAUAUUUAUUUAUUUUAUUUUUAUUUUUUUUUAAAUAAAAACAUUUGUGAAUAAAACUAUUUUUGGGACACUGGUGUUCAGGCUGAGGUGAACAGAUUAAUUGCUUGGCUUCGUUGACCUGCAAGUGUUUGUUUAUUUUUUAUUUUUUGUAAAUGAGUACACAGUGUCUCUUGUGUGACUCUGUCCCAUGGGUUCCCUCUGUGUACUUUUUCUGUAUCUGCACCUUGCCAAAUCUCCUGGGAUAGCUCCUAGUGUCCACAUGAUUAAGUGGCCUUACCAGAAACUGUGAGACGGGCCGGUCGAAGUAAGAGAGAACUCAAAAUAUCUGCACACCCUCAAUAAGGUUGUUCUUUUCAAAGGAUAUUUGUUUUUGAAGGGAAAAUCUCAUGCAUGUCAUGAGCAAAAAUAUGUUCUAGAUCUAAUGACAAUGUGAUCUGAUAUCACAUUAUAUUUGAGAAUUAACUAGCUGACACAUUGAGAGAGGGAUAUUUUCAUGAUCAUGGCACAUGUAAAUAAAUAAAUGAACAAAUAAAUAAAUAAAUUUAAACAACGCAUGGAUGGAUUUCCCUAUGUCUUUUGCUCCACUUUCACACAUGUCGGAUGAGUUGGGUGCAUGUUUGUACAGCGUUUCUCACAGGUUGUGUGGAUUUGAGCACUAGUUAAAAUAGAAGUUUGUUUGUGACUAAAAGAUGAUUCAUAAAAGCUUUAGUUGUAAAUUUGGCUUUAGUAGUCUUUUGCAGAUAAAAUAAUAAAGUCUGUUGUAUUUAAUUAUGUAUGGGUGAAGAAGCCUAUUUAUGUUGAAGUGAGGUGAUAAAUUGUGACUCCAUAAAACCUGGUUUUAAUAAAUGGUAGGAUGAGAAGGAUGAACUUAAACUCAGGAAUUACCAUUUUGUCCCUCCAUCUGCGCUAAAAGUGGUCUUGGGCCACGCUAUCUUAUUUUUAUUUUUUUUAAACCAAAAUGGGUUUAAAAAUUCCACUGCAUUUUGACUUUGGAAUGUUACAGUUCCUUUGUUCUGCUCCAUCCACAUUAGGGCAGCACAUUAAUUUAUAACCACGGAAAUAACAGCAAAAUUACAUUUUGCAAACUCGAAAAAAAACUUGCUUGCACCCAAACUGGUGUUAACCAGCAAAUUACCCUUGUACUGGCAUGAAAAUAAAGCCUUCAGUGUUUACCAGAAGAUUACAUUAUGUUUUAUGCCAUUAUUUGCUCAAAACAUUGUGUCAUUUCAGGAGCAUACUUUUUUGUGACUUUAUGUCUGAAUAAGCCAGAAUAAGAUUUUGAAGUAUCUCCACGUUUUUUUUUUUUAAUCUUUCAACCUGGCUAACAGAUUCUGUGUGAGAGCCUACAGUAAUGCUCAAUUUCAUUAUGUGCAGUUAUCAGAUGUGCUUGUUUGCUAAUACAGCAAACAUAGAAUAUUAGAGAAAAACAACUUCACUGUCAGCAAUGCAGUGCAUGCAUUAGGGGGCUAGGUCUGGGUGUUUAAGGAUAUGUUUCUGAUUUUCU